AAAUUGUGGCAGAUGUGGCCUCAGUCGCCAUUUCUCUCUUUAAUUUUCACUUGAAACAAAUCAAUGGCUACUCUCUUUCUCAGAAACUCUCCAUUUCCUCAGCUCCACGAUUCCCUUCUCUCUUUUCCCAAAUCUUUCCCUUCAUUUCUCUCCACCAUUACAAUCAGGCCUCUAACUUCUGCAAAGAUCGGCGGGAGUGAAAUAACAGAGGAAGUUUCUGAAAGCGAAGAGACAAACGUGAGUGUAAAGAAGAAAAUAUUUGUGGCAGGAGCAACGGGAAAUACUGGGAAAAGGGUUGUUGAACAGCUACUUUCAAAGGGAUUUUCAGUCAAAGCUGGGGUUCGUGAUUUGGAAAAGGCUAAAACUUCGCUUUCAAUCGACACCCCUUCUCUUCAAAUUGUGCAAGCAGAUGUCACUGAGAGUUCAACGAAGCUAGCAGAAGCGAUUGGUGAUGAUUCAGAUGCUGUAAUAUGUGCCACUGGAUUCCGACCAGGAUGGGACUUAACUGCACCAUGGAGGGUUGAUAACUUUGGUACAGUAAACCUCGUUGAAGCAUGCCGAAAACUUAGCGUGAACCGAUUCAUUCUUAUUAGCUCGAUAUUGGUCAACGGAGAUGCAAUGGGACAGCUUUUUAAUCCCGCUUAUAUCUUUCUCAAUGUUUUCGGACUGACCUUGGUAGCUAAACUUCAGGCUGAGCAGUACAUCAGGAAAUCAGGGAUUAACAACACAAUCAUAAGGCCUGGCGGGUUGAGAAAUGAUCCGCCGGCCGGAAAUGUUGUUAUGGAACCAGAGGAUACGGUUUAUGAAGGGACCAUAUCCAGAGAUCAAGUUGCAGAGGUUGCUGUUAAGUGUUUUGCUCUUCCAGAAUCAUGUUUCAAAGUUGUGGAGAUUGUUUCUCGCAUUGAUGCCCCUAAGCGUUCUUACAAAGAUCUUUUUGGUUCCAUAGAGCAAAGUUGACAUUUACAUUCAUGCUUGCCCUAUGAAGUACUGCCCUGUAAUAUUGUAAGAUUAUGAUAUGCAUGCAGAAAUAUAAAUUUGUAUUUAUGAGAAGCUUAUUGUGGGACAAAAUUGGGAGAUUCCGAGAUCGGGUUUAUUCAUUG